GCGCUAUCGAGGUAGACAUCAAGCAUCACGCGCCAGCCGCGCCAGGUGGAGAUGUGCGGCUGAGCUGCCUCCCGGACCCGGCACCUCCCAGUCGGUGAAAAAGUUAAUCGCACGUCGACCAAAGAAUCAGAAACCGAAGUCAUGGGUCUCAAAGAAGAAGACACAACAAUACUGGACAAAACCUCCAACUGCUGCAACGGUGUUGCCCACAGUGAAACUCCAAAAAACCAAUCCAAUGCCAAGCAUGAAGAGAAGAAGCCGCGUGUCCGGGGCAAGGACUAUUUUGAGGAGACGCCUCUGCUCAUGGCGUUGAGUACCUACCUAAGCUAUGUCAUCCUGGGAAUUUUCGGGCACAUCCGGGACUUCAUGCGUUCCACGGGGCUCGAAGAAACGCACAUGUCUACCGAGCUUGACCGGAAGGGCUACGUUCCACUCUACCAGAGCUUUGAGAGCUUCUACACACGCAACGUUUAUAGACGAAUUCGUGACUGCCUCAAUCAACCCAUAUGCAGCGUGCCAGGUGCUGUCAUUGAUCUGGUGGAUCGCGUCAGCUACGACAACAACUGGACUUUUGUGAUGCCAGGUACGGUGACGAAGGCCAUCAACAUGGGUUCCUACAACUACUUGGGAUUUGCCGAAAACUCGGGACCUGUCGUCGACGAGGUGCAGAGGUCCAUUGAGCGUUACGGCAGCGGAACGUGCAGCAGUCGUCACGAGCUGGGCACUCUGGCCAUCCAUCAGGAGCUGGAAGAACUGAUGGCUCGCUUCUUGGGGGUGGAAGCAUGCCUGACGGUGGGCAUGGGCUUUGCCACUAACUCGACCAACAUUCCUGGCCUGGCCCAGAAGGGAUGCCUCUUGCUCAGCGACGAGCUCAACCACGCCUCACUCAUUCUAGGCUGUCGUUUGUCCGGUGCCACCAUCCGCGUCUUCAAGCACAACAACAUGAAGGAUCUUGAGCGGAAACUGCGGGAUGCGAUAGUUGAGGGUCAGCCGCGUACCCACAGGCCAUGGAAGAAGAUCAUCAUCAUCGUUGAAGGAGUGUACAGCAUGGAAGGAUCCAUAGUGAUGUUGCCCGAGAUUAUAGCCCUGAAGAAGAAGUACCGGGCGUACGUGUACCUGGACGAAGCACACAGCGUGGGUGCCUUGGGACCAAAGGGACGUGGGGUGGUCGACUACUUCGGCCUGGACCCACGGGACGUUGACCUGCUCAUGGGCACGUUCACGAAAAGCUUUGGCGCAGCGGGUGGCUACAUCGCGGGGUCAAAGGCAGUCAUAGAUCACCUGCGGGCGCAGUCUCACAGCUUCUGCUACGCGGCCAGCAUGACGGCUCCAGUGGCGCAGCAGAUCAUCUCCACCUGCCGCGUCAUCAUGGGCGAGACGGGGGACGGCGAGGGGCAGCGGCGCAUCGAGCGGUUGGCACGCAACACGCACUACUUCAGACGCCGUCUGCAGCAGAUGGGCUUCAUCAUCUACGGCAACGAGGACUCUCCUGUAGUCCCACUCAUGCUCUACCUGCCUUCGAAGAUUGCUGGCCUCGUGCGUUACCUCAUGAAGCGGGGCGUCGCCACCGUCGGAGUCGGCUUCCCUGCAACUCCGCUUCUGGAAGCGCGAGCUCGCUUUUGCAUGUCAGCUUCACACACAAAGGAAAUGUUGGACCAGGCCCUGAGUGUUAUUGACAAGGCAGGUGACUACCUCUACCUGAAGCUGUCCAGGAAGAAGAGAAGCACCGAAGAAAUAGUCUACUGAUCACUGACUACAGAAGACGUAUAGCUAGGUGGGCUGCCUUCAAAGCCUGCGGCAGCAGCGGCAUGCACGGCGCCGGGAUGUGCAUCGGUUUCCUGCCGUGCAUAUCCCAUACUCCGAAGAAAAAAAAAAUUGUGCGGCAGGUGGCAUCAAGGUGCUGUGGUAAAAAAAAAAAAAAACUGGGUCCAGUGUGAUUUACGAAACUUUUCAUCGACCUCUCUGACCUGCUAUUUCCAGUUGAACACGAGACCAAAAAGAAGAAGAAGAAAAGGAAAAAAAAAAAAAAACACGUGCCUCGGCCUCAUGUUUUUGUACUGUGUUCAUGUUGGGGCUUCACAUUGUUUCAACUGUAUGUUGCAAGUCUUUGCAGAUUCAAUCUGAUGUUAAGCAGAGUGAUGUAGGUAUGUGUUUAUAGUAAGUGUUUCUUAUAAGUUAUGUUGCGUGAUAGUUUUUUUCUUUUUUCUCCGAAAUCGAGAUCGAUAAACGGAAAUGCGUGGGCGCAUCGGGUCAUCCCAUGGCUACCUGUGCGAAAGCGCCGCACAGAUUAAUCUUGCUUCUGUAGAAAUCGGCACUGUGAUUUCUAUCGGUCAAUAAAUGCACGACAAUAGUUUGGGA